AUGCCAGGGGGACGCUAUGAAAUUAUUCGGUCAUUUUUGCACGUAAAUAACAACAGUCGAAUGUUGGAUAAAUCUGAUCGGAAUCAUGACAAAUUGUUCAAAAUUCGGCUUUUGAUUACGAUGUUCAACCAGCAGUUUAGCAAAGUUCCGUUCCGCCAUCAUUUGGAUAUUGACGAGAAAAUUUGUAAGUCAAAGGCAACAAACUUUCUACGCCAAUAUUUACCAAACAAACCGCAUCCAUGGGGCACAAAACUCUUUUUGCUGUGCGAUGACUUGGGAUACUGUUAUCAGUUUGAGGUUUAUUGUGGUGGUGAAAACCACACAUUGCAGCCCGGUGAAGUCGAUUUGAAGGCGACUGGAAAUACGGUUGUACGUUUAAUGCGUCUGGUGCCAAGUUUCAUGAAUCACAAGCUUAACAUCGACAACUAUUACACGUCGAUUCCGCUCAUGAUCUAUCUGCGUGCGCAUGGAAUUCUAACGUGUGGAACAAUGCGAUGCAAAUGCAUCCCAAAUUGCAAACUGCCAACUGAUUUGAAAAAGAGAGGCGAAAUGGUUAAGCAUGUGGCCAAAGACACGAUGGUUACGAUGGGGUCGACUUUUGUUGGUUCAAAACCUUCAAAACUGCGAAAUUCGGAUGAGAUUGCUGAGCCACAACUGAUUGAUCGAUGGAACAAGAAAAAGAAGCGCGUUGAAACAAUACCAAGUCCACAAGCAGUUGUUGAAUACAAUCGGUAUAUGGGGUAUAUGGCAAUGGUCAAUGCAUGGACUUUAUACAAACGAGCAACCAAAAAGGGUGUGAAACUUCACGAAUCUAUUUCUGAAGUCGCAGAAGUGUUGUGUCGCGCGGGAAACAUUGAACACCGACGUGGCCGACCACCAAAAGAUGAUCCGGGGCCACCUCCAAAUGUUGAAUCAAAGAAGCGAAACGUGUUCAAACCUCCACCUGAUAUGCGAUUCGAUGAAAUUGAUCACUUGACAAUGGCAAAGGAAGAUACAAAGCGGAACACUUUUUUCUUGCGUAGAUAA